CAACAUGGCGCCGAAGUUGAUGAAGCUUUGACAGCCCGUUUGAACUUUAUUGAGCUUUUUAUUGAUAUUUAUGUUWAGUUUUACAUGACGAUGUAUACUUUACCGCAUUUUUGCCGUGUUUGCCUCAAAUACGAUAAGAAUCUCAUCGAUUUAGAACACAUAGAAAAUGAGCCGAACGAAACUUUAAUGAGCAAACUUCAGUACUGUGUAUCUGGAGUGGAAUGGAACCUCUUUAAACCUUUAUUAUGUCAUCCUUGCAUAAAACGCUUGAAUAUCGCGUACACAUUCAAAAAGCAAUGCGUCCAGUCAGCUUCAGUGUUAAAAAGCUAUGUGACUCUUGUUACAAAAACUAACGGAGAAAACGAGAAAAAUGAAGAGGUUGCAGUGGUCGACCCUUCACAAUCAAACGCUUACAUGAUGCUCCCAAAUCAAAAAUAUAUAAAAAUUGUGGUGGGACCCCAAACGCAAAACACUUUCCAGAAUGUUUUUCUCAACGUUGUGCCGACAACAACUAUAAGCCCCGUCCCCGUCGAUACUAAAGACACAAACCAAAACGUUUUUCUUAAUAUCAACAACACGUUUCAAAAGUACGUCCCCGCAUCAGAAGUUCAAGGAAAGAAUCUUAACGUCAAUCAAUUACUCACAGAGAGCAAAAGCGAAGAGCUCAGCGUUGAAAUCGACCCAACUGAUUUUGGUCUCGGUGACGAGGGCAACUCCGAGACUGAAGAAGACGCCGAAAAUGGGAUUAACGACUGGGAAGACGUCAUUUCCGCCAUGAAAAUCGCCUCUCGCUCAAACGGGGCGACUUCUAACGGCAAGCAAAUCGACCCUUCAAAGACCACCUUUGGCAAUUACGUUCCUAUUCUCCCAAAGCAAACUGACGAAAAAAUGGACUUUAGUAACUCCGGGGAGCAUUUUCUUUCCCCACAACUGUACUCCUCCCUCGAUUUCAAUUGCGAGACUUGUCAGAAAUCGUUUAACUCUCGGUUGGGACUCAGAUUCCACAUUAAAAAUUUCCACAUGGGAAAAUAUCCCUUCAAGUGUGAGUACUGCCGGAACGAGUAUAUGUGCCGCGCGGAGUACGAGGCCUGCAUGAAAUACCACAAAUCCGGAUCGGAUUCGCUCACUUUAAGUGACUUCAAAAGAAGUAACACUCCGGAGACCGACAAGGGGGCAACGACUGAACCUGAGACCAAACAAGAACCGACUGACUUAGUUUGCGACAUUUGCCAUAGACAAUUCAAUAGUCCUUCGGGCCUGCUGAGACACAAAGUACGCAAACACAAUCAGAAAAGCAAGAAGAAAUAUUUCAUUAAAGGGAUGAAAAAUGCCAAAUGUGAUAUUUGCAAUCGGGAGUUCUCAACGCAGAGUUACAUGCAGUUGCACAGAAAGUUGCACCUGAGAGACGAUGUCGGAUAUAAAUAUAAAGUUUUCGGGAGAACGAGAUAUCUACAAGAGAAGAAAGCAGAGGAAAACGAGCAAAAAGCGGACAAUCAAGACACAAGCAAUAAAGAGAUAAAAGCUGAGGUGAAGAAAGAAGAAGAGUCGAAUUCGGAUGAAGAAAAUUGAGCCUUAUUUUGUAUCAAAUUUUGAUAAGGCACUCGAAUUUUAUUUUUUACCGAAAGUAUUUUAAGGUUCCUCUUAGCCUGAAACACCAAUCAGAAUCAAAAUACUUGCAAUAUUUGUGUUCUCAAACACAAACCUUGGUGUUUAUUUAUUUCUGCUUCUCCAUUUUAUAUUAUGCAUUAUUUUUUUGUAUAUACACAUGUAUUCUGUUUUUUAGAUAGGUGCGAUAUUUUAAAUUUUUCUGAACUGAUUAUUACGUAAAAACCAAAAAUCAAUUAUGUAGAUGGAAACUUUGUACUGUUAUCAUGAGCUUCUAGGAUUAUUUUUUAUAUAUUUGUUAAGCUUUAAAACUCAUUGUCACACACACACACACAUAAAAUACUUACAACCCAUUGAGGCAUGUUUUUGGCGAGUCGGAGACGCGUCGAUGGGUUGGAUAUGGCCAUGGGCCUCCAUUUGUUAUCAUUCUUAUUCUGAAAAUGUAAUAUUUAAGACGUCAUUAGUUUUAUUUAUUUCAUAUCAUUUGUAUUUUAUAUUAUGAUAAUCACAAUAAAUAUUUUUUGACAAAA